UGAUGUCAUUCUUGUGACGUCCAUGACAACGUCAACAUUCUGCCAUUGUUUGGCAAUCGAGCAAGACGUGUUUUUCAGCGCUCAUUGAAAAAUGGAAAAUUUGCAGCUAUUAAUAGAAGCGGCGUACCAAGAAUUGUCCCAGCAAUGCUUCAGUACUGCUCCUCUCACUUCUGAACUUUCAAAGGUCACUUCCUCCGACCUUUACCUUGGUUCUGCCUCCGAGAGCGACAUUAACUCUGCUCUUGGCCUUCUUGCAAGAACUUGCAUCCAGCAAGUAGAGCUUUUAGAGUCCUUCAGAUCAAGCGACAAUGUUUCUUCACUAUCACCGGAAGUCUCCUCGUGGGAUUCCGUCGGCGAUACUGUGGGUUCUGUACAGGUACCUCCUUCCGACAAUUAUUUCCGACCAGCCGCCUUAAAGCUGUUGUACACCCGACGUGUACCGUCACUGGAGGUAGGCGACGGCGACACCGAGAUAUCUAAGAGGAAGCGGGAGGAGGCUGGCUUGUUAGAGUGCACGGGUCGGAGAGCAGAUAAACGACCACGACGAGAACAAUCGACGGAGCUUCAAGCCUUGUUCAGGCUGCUGCCGACAAAGCGCAUUCAUUCCCCGGAACCGAAUCCCGACAGUUCAAAGAAGCGCCGUCGGCAUGAGUCGCCUAGAUUAAGCGGAAGCAGCGACACCGUGUCUGAAGAAGCCAACGAUACCAUUUGUAAAGACAAGACUGACAGGGAGAUGGAUAUCCGGUACCAGCGAAAUCCCCGUCCCUCCAGCUGCCCAUGUCGACCGUCAUACAAGAAACCGGAAGUCUUGGAAAUUCCAAGACGAAGUAGGAAACGUGUCAGCGUGCCUCUAUACAAUAAGAUCCUGCAAUAUCAUCUGCUCAAAGUCACCAACACGUGCCUCUCAGACUGCUGUCAGUUCCGAUGCUCCCGGAAGUGGAUUCAGCAUGGUAAAACAACUAUCCGAAUGAUCUUCAGAGACUAUUAUUAGACAUUUUGAAUUGUUUUAUUUAAAUUUGUGUAUUUAUAUUAAUUAUAUAAUGUUAGCAAUUUUA